AGAUUUUCCGGUUACCAUGGGGCUUGGAUCUUGUUAGUUUAUUGAACAACUAGUGUUAUGUGGGUUGGUAAACUUGUGUUGAAAACGGUUUGUUCAGUAAAAAUUGUCAUAUCAUUUUGAUCUUUACAGAGAGGAUAGAAGGUACAUUUUGAAAGCUCUCUACAUACUUAACUCGAUUUUGGCACAUGUGUGUAUUGGUUCCUGUUUGCAUAAGUAGGUCCAAUUGUAAGUAGAAACCCUGGAAAAAAUUUGACAAGUUAGAACCUAACUAACCAAAGCAAGUGAAUUGCGGAACGUCAAAUUGCGUAUCGAUUGUGGACACUUGUGAAAAUAAAGAUUGUAUUUUGAUCAGUGAUUUUGAUGAAAUCUUUGAUUUAGUUAAAGUUUUACAUCACCGUUCCGCGAUAAUAAAGGAUGAAUUAAUUAUUUCAAAACACCGUCAGUCGAUCACAUAUUCUCUAAUUUUAAUUUUGGGAUUGUUUUUUAUAUUUUGGUGAUUAUUGUGGUGAGAAAUUAUGGUGGAAAACGGAGCAUCCAGCGGCGGCAGCGACAGUCCAAGUGCAACCUGCGUUCGUUCUGGGUUACUAGAGACCCUGGUGCGCGGUGUGUGGUACCGGGUACAUUGUUCUCUGGAAGACGAUUACUUCAGUGUGUGCCUUGACGAUGGAUACGACGCGACCACCACUCUCAACGGUACCCUUAAUAACAAUAACGUCGAAACACCAAACAGCGACUUCACAGAGGUCCCGGAAGCCAUCGCAAACCAAAAACGAAUUGUCCAAGUGGUUAAAUCAGACAAUAAUGGUCUUGGUAUAUCAAUUAAAGGUGGAAUAGAGAAUAAUAUGCCGAUAUUAAUAUCGAAAAUAUUUAAGGGCAUGGCAGCAGAUCUUACAGAACAGUUGUAUGUUGGUGAUGCUAUACUGUCUGUAAAUGGGGAGGAUUUAAAGGAUGCUACACAUGAAGAGGCUGUUAAAGCUUUGAAAAGGGCUGGCAAAAUGGUACAGUUAGAAGUGAAGUAUUUGCGCGAGGUGACGCCUUAUUUCCGGAAGGCGUCCAUCAUCAGCGAGGUGGGGUGGGAGUUGCAACGCGGGUACAUGGCAGAGGCACCGCCCUCGCCACCAUCGCCACGCCGCCGCCGCGCCGACACGCGAUACGUGCCGCUGUUAAUGGCCUGUGUCGCUAAGAACUUACGUCAUCAUGAUCCAGAGGAGCGUACGAUCGAGAUCUACUCUCCGGACGGGGUGCACGCGCUGGCGCUGCGGGCGGGCAGCGCGGCGGCGGCGGCGGGCUGGCACCGCGCGCUGCACGCGGCGGCUCGGCGCGCCGCGCGGGCUGCGCUGGCGCGCGCGCGUCCGCGCCUGCGUCCGCUGCUCGGAGAUGUGCGAUAUGCUGGCUGGCUCGCGCGACGACCACCUCACGAACAUGUGAAUGCAUUAACAAGUGCUUCCGGAGGAUCUGACAGCUCUGACGAAUCGGACGGUUGGCAACCAACAUUUGUUGCUAUAACAGAUCGCGAGUUAAGGUUGUAUGAAGCGGCGCCGUGGUCUGCGGAGGCGUGGUGCGCGCCGUCGGAGAGUCUGAGCCUGGCGGCGACGCGCCUGGCGUGGUGGCGGCGCGCGGGCGGCGCGGCGGCGGGCGGCGGCGCGGGCGCGGCGGCGGGCGGCGGCGCGGGCGCGGCGGCGCUGGGCGUGCGCGCGGGCACGGCGGCCGGGCUGUGCGUGCGCGCGCUGCGGGCCGACACGCCGCACGAGCUGGCGGCGGUGGCGGGCGCGCUGGUGGACGGCGCGCACCACGCCGUGCGCGCGCAGCCGGAGUUCACGUUCCGCUGCCGGUUCCGCGGCUCGUGCGCGCGCCUGUCGCUGGGCGCGGGCGGCGUGUGCGUGUGGGAGGCGGCGGGGUCGCUGGGGCGCGGCGGCGCGCGCGCGCUGUACCGCCGGCCGCUGCACGCGCUGCGCGCCUCCGCCGACGACGACCGCUCCGCGCUCUGGCUGCACUUCGCCGACGACGAUACACUCGAGCUGGACAUGGAAGGCAGCCCGAAGCCGGCGGUGUUCAUCCUGCACAACCUGCUGUCGGCGCGGGUGCACUCGCUGCCCACCGAGAGUGUGGCGCAUCCACUAUAACAAGACACCACACACACCGUCGAACGGCGAUUUUCUACUGCGACACCCCCGUAAUGUAGUUUAACCCAUAUUAUGUAUGAAUAUUGGAAUAAUAGAGGCUCAAUUUAAACAACGACGCCUCGUACUUCCGGCUAAACGAUUUAUUUAAUACAAUGUAUGAGAUGCGUAUUGUAUCGCUUGAUGGAUGGUCGAGUGAGUCAAACUACAUUCAAAAUCGAUGGAUACUGCAUAACCUAAUGUAGAUAUAACUCGUAGUUCGUUGGCCUAAUGUAGAAGUUUUAUCUUAACGAGUUGUUAGUUUUAUACCCUUAAUAUUGAUCUACAGUAGUCCUAAUUGUGAUUUUUUUAAAAGACAUAAUUUCUCACACAGUUUUAUUUUUACCAAAGUAUUGAAUAAGUCAUUUUACUCAUAAAUAUAUCAAAUGUCAUUGUGAAAUACAAUAUUUUAGGUAAAUCGUAAUUGUUACUAAGAAUCUCAAGGUAAAUGCAGCUCUCAGAAAACUGAUAAUGAAACUAUUAGGUAUCUAACAAUAGCUGUUAUUUGUUAAUGUAAUAUUAUUACAUUGAGGUUUCCGGUUGUGUUUGAAUGUUAGGCAUAUAUUGAGAAGACAGUUUACUGUGUAUUGUGGCCUGAUUCCUUUAAGUUCCAAGUGACAUGUAACUUUGUCAAGUGUGUAGUCAUUGGGGGUUUAGAAAAAAGUUCAACGAUAAUAUGUAAGCUUAUUUUUGUUUUUCUGUACCCACAAUAUGCUGGGCUUUAUUUAUUUUAUUAGCUGCAUUAAAAAUAUUUAUAUUUACAAUCACACAAACCCAAUAUUAUACAAAAAUUAUAUAUCUGAGUUUUUCGUUUGUUUCAUAAUAAUUAGUGUUGUAUGUUCUUACUAUUAUUAUUAAAUCUAUGUACGGAACCGUCGAAAUAUAAUGUCAUAUGACCGAUAAUUAUAAGGUCUUUACAGAACGAAACAUGAAAAAGUUUGUGGCUAUUUUCAGUGAUAUUGAAUUUUUCUACGGACUAUCAGCCUGGAGUCUGGAAUUAUGUCUGAUAUAAAUAUGGCAAUAGGCUCACCCUCUUUUACACGAGAACCGAACAUAACUGGAACAAUGCAAGUUUUACAGUUGUAAUACUCCGGUAGAGGUUUACUAUCUACCUUUUAUUGGUUUCGCGGAGAGUCAUUACUACCGCGAUGCUUUCGCGGAGGGCAACUGAGCGGGCGUCUUAUGACCCGAUGUUGGACCGUUCGGUAAGGUGGUAAACGUUGGGCGACUUUGAGGACAAGUUCCUUACGUUAUAUAAACCCUAAGCACAGCAUACCAACUAAAACUCGGUGGUGGUCAUCUUCGGCCUAUAAGGGACGAUUGUGAGCUUCCUCCGAGGAAAGUGCCGUACGUUGUCUGUAACCGUCCCUACGCGGCGCCGCCUAGUGCGGCUGUACCCUGGUCGCUUGUCGUGGGGGCUCAGGAAUCCCCGCGCAUCCAGGAACAGCCUCGGUGUCAACGGCAGCGAGACGUCUAUCUUCCAUGGUACUAUCCAUCCUGAGGGCCACCACAAUGUUUUAAACAAGUACAAAUAUAACCUCAACCUCUACCUACCCCAGACAAAGAAAAACGUGUGAUGCCCAUGUAUGAGUUCAUACCUGAAAUCAUUCAUAAUCGUGAAUUGGUGAUGUAUUAAAAAGAUGUUUUAAUUUGUUCAGAAUCUCUAUCGAUUUAUCUGUGAUGAUAUGUAUUAUAUUAGGUUUCGUAUUCCGUUUAAGGACUUCAUUUUAUCAGUAAAACUACGUAACUUUUUUGCUGAAAAAAGAAGUUUCUGCGAUUUAUUUAUCUUUAGAGAUGUGUCGUACAUGUUAUGAAUGGUAUCGAUUUAGUUUAUUCUUUGCAGUCUUUUAUUGAGACAUAUGAUUGGAGAUUUUUAUUCUAAAGUAUUUCUUCAUUAGAACUAUUAUAUUUCAUGUUUAAGUUGAGGUACAAACUACGUCAUUCCAAGCACAGCGAACAACAGCUUUAUAAUGGUUAUAUAUUGGCAGAAACAAAAAGAAACUGCCAUCGACUGCUACUCUUCCAAAGAAUCUGUUAAUUUGUUUUGUUUGAAUAAUUUUAUUGUAGAAGGUGUGUUAAUAAAUCAAUUGGCAGUAACAACAAUGUAUUUUUAUAAUUUGUAUAUAAGGAAGUGUCGCCUGUACGGGUUGGUAUUUAGCAAGGUCCUAAAGAAAUGUCAUGCAUGGCAAAAAUAUUUGAAGAUAGAUAAAAAUGUGUUCAAAAACCAUGUAGUCCUCCAUGACAUGGAUAAAACAAGGACAUUGCUAGAAACUCAACCGAUAAAAUAUAAGUACAUUCCCAGAAUGUAGAUUGUAGUCAGUUUUUUUAUUUUUAAUGAUUUAUGUAAUCUAACAUAAGUGUUUUAAUAUAUUUUUUUGUAUAUUAUGUAGUUGUAUGUAGUGAAAUGUUGAUGUAAGAAAUGGCAAUAUUUGAACGCGGUAUUUAUGAGAAUAAUUGUUUCCAAAUUACAAGAACAUGUGUAAAAUAUGGAAAGCGCUUAUUUUUUGCUUUCUUGAACACGUAUUUGCGUCUUGGUCCCAAAUAUAUAUUGAGAAAUCAAAUCCUAAAGCAGCAA